AUGGCGCGGGGGCGCCGGGCGCCGGCGCUGCGCACUCGGCUGCACGGGCUGCGGCACAUGUGCUCGGGGCGGGCGGCGCCGGCGCGCCGGGCUCUGUGGGUGCUCGCCUUCUGCACGGCGCUCGGCUUGCUGCUGGCCUGGUCCUCCGACCGCCUGCUGCACUGGCUCGCCUUCCCCUCGCACACCCGCGUGCGCACCGAGUGGAGCCGCCAGCUGCCCUUCCCCGCCGUCACCCUCUGCAACAACAACCCGCUGCGCUUCCCCCGCCUCUCCAAGGGGGAUUUGUACUACGCGGGGCACUGGCUGGGGCUGCUGCUGCCCAACCGCACCGCCCGCCCGCUGCUCACCGAGCUGCUGCGCGGCGACGAGGCGCGGCUCCGCUGGUUCGCCAAGCUGGCCGAUUUCCGCCUCUUUCUGCCCCCCCGGCACUACGAGGGCAUCAGCGCCGAGUUCAUGGACCGCCUGGGCCACCAGCUGGAGGACAUGCUGCUCUCCUGCAAGUACCGCGGGGAGCUCUGCGGGCCGCACAACUUCUCCGCGGUGUUCACAAGAUACGGGAAAUGCUACAUGUUUAACUCAGGAGAAGAAGGGCGGCCUCUCCUCACCACAGUGAAGGGUGGGACAGGCAACGGACUGGAAAUCAUGCUGGACAUCCAGCAGGAUGAAUAUUUGCCAAUCUGGGGAGAAACAGAGGAGACAACGUUCGAGGCUGGAGUCAAAGUCCAGAUCCACAGCCAGUCCGAGCCACCCUUCGUCCAGGAGCUGGGCUUUGGGGUGGCCCCUGGAUUCCAGACCUUUGUGGCCACCCAGGAGCAAAGGCUGACGUACCUGCCUCCGCCGUGGGGUGAAUGUCGCUCGUCGGAAAUGGGCUUAGACUUCUUUCCCGUUUACAGCAUCACGGCCUGCAGGAUCGACUGCGAGACCCGCUACAUCGUGGAGAACUGCAACUGCAAAAUGGUCCACAUGCCAGGGGAUGCUCCCUUCUGCACCCCGGAGCAGUACAAGGAGUGCGCGGAGCCCGCGCUCGGUUUGCUUGCUGAAAAGGACAGCAACUACUGCAUCUGCAGGACACCCUGCAACCUGACCAGGUACAACAAAGAGCUUUCCAUGGUCAAGAUCCCCAGCAAGACCUCGGCCAAGUACCUGGAGAAGAAGUUCAAUAAGUCGGAAAAAUACAUCUCAGAGAAUAUCCUUGUGCUGGACAUAUUUUUUGAAGCACUCAACUAUGAGACAAUUGAGCAGAAGAAAGCCUAUGAAGUGGCAGCCUUACUUGGUGACAUUGGAGGCCAGAUGGGGCUGUUUAUCGGUGCUAGCAUCCUCACCAUCCUAGAGCUCUUCGAUUAUAUAUACGAGCUGAUCAAGGAGAAAUUAUUAGACCUACUUGGCAAGGAGGAAGAGGAAGGGAGCCAUGACGAGAACGUGAGCACUUGUGAUCCCAUGCCCAACCAUUCGGAAACCAUCAGCCACACUGUGAACGUGCCGCUCCAGGCCACGCUGGGAACGCUGGAGGAGAUCGCCUGCUGACACUCGACUGCUCCCACCCCAGGGGCCAACAACACCCAAGGAAGGAAAACUGCACAGGGAAGCAGGGACCCAGCUCAGUCUCUGAUUUUCACUACCAGAAGGAAAUGGCCCAGCCAUCCCCUGAAAUCACCAUUACUAACGUCGUAGGCUGAAAAUUAGAAUAAAGAAACAAAAAGUCGCA